UAUUAAACAUAUUAAUUGAUAUUUGAUAAUACGUGACAAUAACAACUUGCUUUUCGAGCUAUCAAACUUGUUUACAAAAAUUUAUUAUUAUUAGCCAAACCUUCGUACAAUUAUACUAUUUAAAUAGACAAAAAUGAAUGCAAAUUUUCGAUUAAAUGUACUUCUAAAUCAUUUAGGAAAGAGACAGGUUUUCAAUGUACAAACUCAAAAGACUUCUCAAUCUUAUUACAAAUACACACUAGAUAAUCCAAUUUUAAGUAGAGAACAAAGAGAUUUCUAUGAGGAAAAUGGUUUUCUGGUAUUUCGAAAAUUGGUUGACGAUGAUUUGCUUGAGAGAUGUCGACAACAUUUUGUUGAUUUAUGUGAAGGAAGAUAUCCAAAAGGGCCCAUGACACUAAUGAAGGAUGUAUCAUUACGAAACACAGGUGCCAAAGGCGAAUAUUUAUACAACAAGGUACAAGAUAUUGCGUUUGAUCCUGUAUUUGAACAAUAUAUAUUAUAUCCAAAAAUAUUAGAUAUUGUUGAAUGCUUUACUGGACCAAAUAUUGCUGCUGUCCAUACAAUGCUCAUCAAUAAGCCACCAGAUUCUGGAAAAGAAACAUCUCAACAUCCUUUACAUCAGGAUUUGCAUUAUUUUCCAUUCCGACCAGCUGAUCGAAUUGUAGCAUCAUGGACAGCCAUGGAACCGGUUACAGUGGAUAAUGGUUGUUUAUUUGUACUUCCUGGUUCACAUAGAGAGCCAUUACAAAGGCAUGAAUAUCCCGAUGCAGCUGUAAACAAAGGCUAUCAUGGUAUUAGAGGCUACGAUCAUCGUCCAAAGGUUAAUCUUCUCAUGGAUAAAGGUGAUACAGUAUUUUUCCAUCCACAACUUAUACAUGGUUCUGGUGUGAAUGUAACGACAAAUUUUCGGAAAGCAAUUUCCUGUCAUUAUGCAGCUAGUGAUUGCUAUUUUAUCGAUGUUCAUGGAACCACUCAAGAAAAUAUUGCAAAAGAAGUAGAAGGUAUUGCUGAAAGCAAAUUUGGAUUAAAUAUUGAUUUUAAUACUAUUUGGAGAAUGCGUGCACGAGUAGCUCGAGGCCUACCUCUAAAUUUUGAAGCUAAUCUAAUGUAAUCAUCUAUGGGACUUAAAUGUUAUGAAAUUGUUUUGUAAUAAAUGCGUAAAUAGUUUAGAGUUUAUAUAUAUUUUUGUAGACGCAUUCUGAUAUACACUCACAGCGAUUGAAGUGAAUUUAUCAUCCAUUUUAUACCAUCUAUUAGACUCAGAUCUUUUACUAGAAUGAGCUAAGUUGUUCAGUUCUUCAACUGUAUUCGAAGGAGUACAAGUGUUACUCUUGUUUUCAUUGUGUUUGCAUUCGCUGGAAUCAAUCGACGAUUAUAAUCUAACGGCAAACAUCUGCUGCUCUAAAAAGUAGAGCGAAAAUCUUUCAUUACACAUAUAAUUUAAUUGAUAGUGUGUAUAAUUUCUUAUUGUUGCAUAAUUUCAUAAUCCUUCGAUUUCAUUUAGUGAUUUUUCCAGAGUGUGUACCGGAUAAAAUAGAAAAUUAAAUGCAUGUGUGUUUCCAGCGUUGUGAGCUUUGUUGAUAAAUAUCGGAACGCAGUAAUUGUUGGUGGUUUUGUAAUUAAUAUAUGUAAUUUUAUUACUUUUUUAUGAAUAAAUAAAAG